CCCUGUUCUCCCCUCUUGGGUUUCUCCGGGCACGACCCUCCAUGCGUUGUGCAGGCAACCCCCACGUGUUUCUGAGUCGUUCUCAAUUCCAUCUCCAGGGCUCUAUUCCCCUUCCUAUUUCCGAUGGGUGUUUUCUCUUUGUUUUCUCCAUCACGUCCUGUGCCCUGUGUGUGAUUUACUGAGGCACUGACUUAGUUUCCACGGGGAAAUGGGGGAUUUUGAUGAGUGCUGUGCGCAGUGUUCAGAUGUGAACUGGGGUCUCACAGAUGGAGGCAGAUAUUAUUGCAGAACUUGCCACAAUGUUAUUGAGAGAACUCGAGAAGUUGUAAGCGCUGAAACUUUUCUUAAUGCAAGAGUCCAGACAAUCUCCAAAGGCUCUAGAAGUCAGAAAAAAACUGAUAAAGGCUCGGAAUGGUAUGUUUGUGAAGGCUUUCAGCUGGUACUAAAGCAACAAGCUGAAGCUUUGGAAGCAUUGGGAGUAUGUCCACAAAUGAAGGAUGAAAUUCUGUGCAAUUUUUGGAGGCGUUACCUUCAGAAGAACCAACAGGCAUAUUGCAACAAACCAUCUGGUGAAACUAUCAAGGCAUUAUCAGGAUGUGAAAGCAGUACAGAUAGGGACAGUGAACCAGAGCGACCCAGCCUGCUUCAUUUUUUAUCUGUCUCUGAAAGUGAUGGGGAUCUACAGACAGAUUGCAACUAUGCCUCAUCAGCUGGCAAGGUCUCAGUAAGCACCUCUGUAGGCUCUGGAUCAGUGGAUGGUAGCUUGUAUGUAAAAAGGAACCAAAAGGAUAAACUGAGGAUGUCAAUGCCAAUGACCCUUUCGUUUUGUUACAUGGCAUUACUCUGGCUGAAAGAACCAAUGACGUUAUCUGAUCUCCUAAGGUUUGUUGUCGAAGGUCAUAUUCCAUAUUUCAAUGCUUAUCAGCACUUUCCAGAGAAGAUGAAGUUAUAUGGCCUUGAUCUUAAGAUCUUUUGUGUUGAGUCAUGGCCUGAAUAUGAAGAAGUCUACAAGAAAAUGGUUGAACUUGCAGCAUUUUUAGACCUGCCUCGUUUUCCAGAUAUAACAGACAACUGCUUUCUGCAUCCAGAUGUAUUGUGCAUGAAGUACUUGAUGGAAGCUAAUUUACCUGAUGAAUUGCACAUCUGGACUUGUCGCCUGGUGAAAAAGACUUCUAUUGGAGAAGCGGAUUUCCUGACUCUCACGCCUGGAAAUAAAUCAACAAGGAAAGUGAAAUAUGAUGUCCUUGCAGCAGCGGUUAUUGUGGUGGUUCUAAAGUUACUGUUUUUAUUAGAUGAUCACUAUGAGUGGUUUCUCUCAGACUUCUCUGAAGAAAGAAAUAAAUACAAUAAAGAUGGUGAGGGUGGCCCUUAUUUCGAGUUCAAAAAGUGGUACAAGGUUAUAAAAUGUACCUUGGAUGUGGAGCAAAAAAAACUGGAUGAAGAAAAGGCCAAGUAUCUGUGGAAAUGUGAAAAGCCCCUGUUUUAUUCACUCAAGAAGAAAUCUAAAAUCCUUAGGAAAAGACAGAUGGUUGAGAACUUGCAGAAUCAGUUUGGCAAGCUAUCUGGUUCGGUGCGACCUGCAGGAAGGCCAAAACCAUCAAGUUUUCUGUUAAGCUGGUCUGAAGAAAACACAGAUGGGUCUUGUUUUCAUGGGCACAGCCUGAAGGGAGUUCUGAAAGAAAGACAUGGUUUACAUGCAGCCACCAAUACUAACUAUUGGCUUGGUACAGUUAAACUAUGUAAUGAGAGGUUGUGUGGUUGUUUGGCUCACUACAGAGAAGAGGACUUUCCGAAGAGUUACCAUUUUGUACUGGGACUUUUCUCCUUCCUUCUGAGGAUACAGCCCUCCUCCAUCCACGAAGAGGUGUGUGCGAUAGAACACAAACUUUUUAAUAAAGUACUCUCUAAAAAGCCAAAACACGGAAAGCGACGCCGAAGGAAGUAAAAAGACCUGAAUAUUAUAGUAUUGAAGCUGUGUGAAUUGGUUUGAUCCCAAACCGUGCUAUUCAAACUGAUACCGAUGCUUUUGCCUACAUAGAAAUCUUCUGUUAAGGUUUUAGUACUGACAUCUACUACUGCAGUUUAGCUGUAGUGUCAUGUUAUCCAUAACUGAAGUUGCUGGUUUCCAGCUGUGAGCUACCCGGGAAACUGUUGACCAAGGUUUAUUUCCUCACUUUGCAGCAGGGCCAACAGGAAGCUAUGAAAUUACCAUUUUUUUUUCCACAUAAUUGUACAUGCUUUGAAUGUACUGGACGGCACAUUGGCAUCUAAUUGCAUUGCAAGGCUUUGCAAUUAAAAUGCUACUUAUUUUUUUACUGACUUGUAUGACUGCAACUUCGUUUCUAGAAAGUAAUGUUUACUUUGUUUUGAAAGAGUGUGUUAACAAAUAAAAGGAGCAGGUGGACAAUGUUUUCUCUACAGUGAGUUGUUCAGCUUUUGUUUCUUAACUGUGUGUUGUGGCAGUUCUGGCACUGCUUUCAACAUCUCCUUGCAUCCCAAGUAUCUCCUUGUCUCUUCUUAAGCCUAAGCCUCUCAUUUGAGUGUAAACCUUUUGGGUCUGUGUUCCACUCCAGGCUCCACAGCUUUUGUAACUGCUUUUAUACUUGGAGCCCUCCAUCCUGUUUCUUACACAGCAGUGCUGGUCAGAUCCUCCUGUCACUCUUCUUUCACUGCGGUCUCCUGAGUUGUACUUCAUUUCUUAUUGCUUCGUAUCAUAGCACUUUCACCACUCAUGCCUCAGCCAUUCUCCCAGUUUCUCAUGCUCAAACUUAUUUAUGCACCAUGUUUUUAUUCUAUCUCAGACAAGGAAUAAAUGAAGUUGGGUGCUACCACUACAUGAAAGACACCAUAACAUAUGCAUAUGUUGAACAGAGAUGUUGAGUAGAUAUACAGAUGAGUAAUACUGCUUUCAGUUGAAUGAAAUAAAAUUCAGUAACUCCAUCUGUCACUCCCAAGUAUAGGAGUUCCCAAAUACACUUGAUCGGUAACAUAAUCAGCAGCUGUUUCUGGGUGGUGUUAUAGACAAAAGUGCUGUCUAGACAUUUUAAAUAGUUCUUACAGAACAGGGGUUUAGAGCGGCGGUCCCUUAAUGUGACUCUGAUGUUCAGAUGGGAAAGUACUGUUUUAGCAAACUAUGUUUUGCGAUGGAAAUUACAGAAUGAGCUGUUACUUGUAUUAAGUAUUUCCUGAGCAGUAUAGUUCAGUGUGUCUGACCACAUCACCAUGUUGUGCUGGAUACCUCCGGACUUUCUGAUGCCUUGAAGUGGUGAUUGCAUUAAUGGAAUGUACUGACUGAAUUGGACGUUGUGUCUGGUGUCUGUAUUGUAGAAUUAGCUGUUUGCUGUUAUGCUUGACCUCACCUGAGUGAACUGCUGAAGUCGGUCAAUAUGGAGAAAAACCAUCUUUUGUUCUUGUUCUCUGUAAGUAUUUCUAUCAGUUAGAAACCUACAGAAGAGUUAAUGCUUUCAACAGGGCCUGCUCCAACUACUGAACAUAUCCCAUUUGUUUUACUGUAGUAUUUGUUAAAGUUUAGAAUUAGCUAUCUAAAAGACACUUUAUUAUAUGUAAAGGAUCCAUUUAAUUCAGAAGUCUUUAUUUGAAAGACUUAGACAAUUAUAGGUAUAUAUUUCUUUUAAAACUACUGUAGUAGUAAAAUCUCAGCUUCAUAAAUUAAAAUACUGUACUCGUUACAUUGUUACAAAUGUAACAAAGCUCCCUUAGAUGUUAGAAUAAAUUAAAGUUCUACUUUAAUAAACUGGAAUAAAGCUUGCAAUUAAGCAUCAAGAGCCAUGUGCCUCCUGGACACAUAGGUUAAGAGUCAGAUUUAAAAGUUAAGGGUGUGCCUCUCAAAUACUUAGUGUUAGUUCUACCCAGUUUAAUCAAUUGACACUUAUCCUGGAGUAAUGGUGUUUAAGAAGCUGAUGGGCCAUGGUUGUGCCUUAUCUUCAGCAGAGUGUAGCCCAGCUCUCUUAGGACAACUGCUUUGAGUCCACUGAACGUAACCCUGGGGAGGAGGCGUUGGUUGAGCAGCUGCAGGCGGUUGGCUGCAGGGCAGGGUGGCUGCCACAGCCCGUUCCAGCCGCCUCUUCUUCCUACCUCAAAGUACUGCUUCUUUCUGUAGCUCUUUGCUGAGAGUUAUGAGUUCUCCCUGAGCCUUCUGACAUGUACAUUUUUGUAUUUCUCCCCUUGGAAAUGCAGGUCUCCAAGUGAGGAGGGUUGGUUUGGUUUGGUUUUUUUAACGCUAAAUGUCAAAUGUUCUUAUGUAGAUUAAAGCUAAGUGGGUUGUUUUUUUAAGCUUAGAUUAAAUGCUAUUUUCUAUCAUUCAGAGUACAAAUGCAACCAUACUUUAAGAUUUUUCUUAAAUAAAGCAACCUUCCUAUUGAUUCUGUGGA